AUGGUGCCUCAGUUCCGGUGGUGGGCUGGCGUAUGCUCAGAAUUUCCGGGCCAGCUGAGCAGCAUCCAUCAGAGCAGUGCCUUCCCCGACGUAACGGCAUGGAGACGCCUUGCCCUGCAGGCCGACCGCCAAGGCAAGCCCAUUGUCUUUCGACAGCAGCUACACCAGGAUGAAACUAACGGCAACAUCACAUCACCGGUUUUCCUCCCCGCGUUGCGCAAGUGGUUCGGCCCUACCGUACCCGGGAAGCCGACAGAAUUAUCCCCCUCGUUGGCACGGCACCUAUCCCACAUUGUCCCCUAUGAGCUGGCCCCGAGCUCAGCCGACCCGCUCAGGAAGCACGCCCUGCAGCAUUUCCUAGAGUGGCUGCGAUGUAGUCGGGAUGCCGCGUACAAGAAACUCUCCACUCCGCUCAUGGAUUGCAUACUCGCUGCUAAACUCGAGCAGCAGGCACAUGUCCCAGCCGGGCAGGGUAGCCGAGGAGCACUUGACACUCCCUUCAUCCGCUUCGACGCCCCACUGGCUCUCCUGGCCGCAGCUCUGCACUACAACAGGGAAACCCCUGACCCAUCCGAGCGCGUAGAUCAGCUCUACAUCGCCCAGAUGCCCCUCUCAGAGCUGCCGGGCGCCCUGCAGCUGGACGUGCCCAUCCCUAACGCCCUCACGGCGGAUCCCACCCCCGAGAUUCCCUACACGGCCGACAUUUACAUCAGCAGCCUCUGGCUCGGCCUGGAGCCGACCUUCACGCCCUGGCACCGCGACCCCAACCCAAACCUCUUCUGCCAGCUGGUGGGCUCCAAGACGGUGAGGCUCAUGCCGCCCGCUCCGGGAAAGCAGCUGUUUGCGCAAGUAAGCGCGGGCCUGGGACAGCUAAAUGCCAGCCACGCCAUCAGAGGCCAGGAGAUGAUGCAGCCCACCGAGCGGAAGGCCUGGUGGGAUGCUGUAUGGGGACCCAGCGUGCCCAAGGGGAUGUUUGAGGUGGUCCUGCGCCCUCGCGACGUGUUGUUCCUUCCCAUGGGAUGGUGGCACAGUGUCCGGAGCAUCCUUCUCCGCAUGGAUUCUCUGUAAUCAGAUGCAGUGCAUGUGUACAUUAGCAUUGAGCCAUCAAUGAUACAGACGCGAGGCUGGUCCCCUGAGCCCCGGUUC